AUGAAGAUCACUAACUUUUUGGAAAGGGAUCGGUUGUGGCGUUUAGCUGUAAGAAAACAACGGAAACGGCGUGUAGUUCUAAGAAAAGAAUGGAGACAUUUCUCCACAAAGGAUCUCUUGCAGCGUUUAUCUGUUAUAAAAGAACAGACACCAAAAGAUAGCUUCGUAGCUGUAAGAGAGGAACUGAAACAGAGAGAUAUGUUGUUAACGACCGAGGAAGAUCUGUUUGCUAAUCUACCGGAAGAAAUCACGGAAGAGAUCUUGGGAAGACUCCCGAUUCAGAGCGUUAUGACGUGCAAAUGUGUUCUUAAAUCAUGGCGCCAUCUGAUUGAGGGGGAUGACUUUGGGAUGUCGUAUACUCCCAAACCAGGCCUAGCUUUCGUUUAUCGAGACAUGGAAAUGCGAUACAAUGUCUGCAAUGAGGCCUUAAAGCUACUCUUCCGAUUUGAUUCACCUUCUCACAUUCAAUUUUCUGCUAUUAACCGUCGUGUUAUAGUUGCUUCACCAGCUAAUGGUUUGCUUUUAAUGUGGGAUCGAUGGGCUAAAGUUCUAUUUAUAUGCAAUCCAAUGACUCGUGAGUAUGCCGAGCUUCCUCCUAUAUCUACUAGUAUAUAUACUUCCUUUUUUGGCUUUGGAACGAGCAAAAUAAGUGGACAAUAUAAGAUUUUAUAUGGGAAUCAGUAUAGUUGUCAUGUAUACACUAUAGGGAGAGGCGCAGGGUUGUGGAGAAGCGUCGCAGCAGCACAACCAGGUAUCAAUAGAUUGAAUCGCGGUUGUGCUGCAUUUUUUAAUGGAAAUCUUCACUGGUUGGCAUAUGAUUCGGAAGAUAAUUUCUUCGUUCGUUGCUUUGAUAUUGAAACUGAGCUCUUUACCAGUUUUUCAAUUCCUUGUGAUUACAAUGGCAAAAGGAGAGGCAACAAUCGACUAUAUAUUUUGGAGGGUCAGCUAUAUUUAUGCAGUAUUUUAGAUUUUCAGCAUGUUGUUAUUUGGAAAAUGAACAUCUACGGGGAUGAGAAUUCUUGGAUAAAGGAAUAUGACUUCAACUUGCUCGAACAAUGUGCACAUACGUACAUGCUCGAAAUUUUGGCGAAUGGUGACUUGUUUGCAAAUACAAGUGCUUGUUCUCUGUCCUCAUGGGAUGAGCUAUUUAUCUAUUCCAAAAACACCGGAGCUAUUGGAAGAUAUGUGCCAAGUUAUAGUUCUCUACAAACUUCUUCUAAACUCGCUGUUUUCACCCCAAGCUUGAUUUCGCUCACAGCAAGCUUUCGCUCACAGCCAUGGGGUUUCAGAAUGUUCAGUCACUAA